ACAAAGCUGCAUCUCCCUGAGACUGACAGGACGUCUCUCUCAGAGAACAGAGGAGAUCGACGCAGGAGCAGAGAGACAGAACCAACCCCUGAAGAGAUCUGGCGAGCCUCCGAUGCAUGCCAAGGAGAAGGUCGCCACUGGCGUAGGAAUCAAAUCGGCAUCAGGAAAGUGCUGAACCGAACUGGAAGGGGCGUGACGGCGAAGGCGAAGGUGCGAGGCGAGGAGGCAAGCCAUGGAAAGGGACAGCAGCCCGUCGGUCUCGGUGUCCGACGAGAGCUCGGAGGCGGGGCCCGCUGGGGAGCGCGGCGGGUGCUGCUCGUCGCCGUCGACGCGGAGCCUCGUCGACACGGCGGGCAACCUCAGCCGCACCGUCUCCGACGUGUCCACGUCCUUCUCGGAGCAGUGCAGCAGCGUUGACCACAGCGGGCCGUUCGAGUCGGCCGCCGCCAUGGCCAAGCUGAUCGACCGGUCCCCGGCCUCCGCCGCGGCGUCGCUCAGCCGGCUCAGCAUGAAGCCCCGCGCCGACGUGCUCGACCGCCGCUCCACCGACGACGAGAUGGAGCUGGUGAAGGAGAGGUUCUCGAAGCUUCUGCUCGGCGAGGACAUGUCCGGCGGCGGCAAGGGCGUCUGCACCGCCGUGGCCAUCUCCAACGCCAUCACCAACCUCUACGCGACGGUGUUCGGGAGCUGCCACAAGUUGGAGCCGCUGCCGGCGGGGAAGAAGGCGAUGUGGAGGAGAGAGAUGGACUGCCUCCUCUCCGUCUGCGACUACAUCGUCGAGUUCUACCCCACCACGCAGACCCUGCCCGAUGGGACCAAAGUUGAGGUCAUGGCGACCAGACCGAGAUCGGACAUUUACAUCAACCUGCCCGCGCUCGAGAAGCUCGAUGCCAUGCUCAUUGUAAGAUCAGAUCCCAAUUGCUACUCCAUUGAUUUUGCUUGUUCUCAAUCAGAAGUGGUUCAAGCAUGCGCGAUGGUGCAGGACAUACUGGACAGCUUCCAGAAGGCGGAGUUCUGGUACGCUGACGCCGGGACGAGGUCGUUCGGCUCGGUCACCUCGUCGUCGUCGACGAUGUCAUCGUCAUUCAGGAAGUCGGUCCACCGGAACGAGGACAAGUGGUGGCUGCCGGUGCCCUGCGUCCCGGACACCGGACUCACCGAGAAGGCGUGCAAGGACCUGCAGAAGAAGCGCGACUGCGCCAACCAAAUCCACAAGGCCGCCGUCGCCAUCAACAGCGGCGUCCUCAGCGAUAUGGAGGUGCCCGAGUCCUUCAUGGCCGUGCUCCCAAAGAGUGGGAGGGCAAGCGUGGGGGACUCGGUGUACCGCGUCAUGCUGGGCGCCGACAAGUUCUCGCCGGACUUCCUGCUCGACACGCUCGACAUCUCGUCGGAGCACGACGCGCUGGCGAUGGCCGACCGGGUGGAGGCUGCCAUGUACGUGUGGCGGCGCAAGGCUAGCGGGAGCCACGGCAAGUUACCAUGGAGCAAGGUCAAGGAGCUCGCGGCCGACGACGACGACAAGAACGUUUCGCUGGCGAGCAGGGCCGAGAGCCUCCUGCUCUGCCUGAAGCACCGAUUUCCCGGCUUGUCGCAGACCACUCUGGACACGAGCAAGAUCCAGUUCAAUAAGGAUGUUGGGCAAGCAAUCCUGGAGAGCUACUCAAGGGUGUUGGAGAGCUUGGCUUUCAACAUUGUUUCGUGGAUCGAUGAUGUUCUUUUCGCCGACAAGUCGACUAGGAAACUAAGUGAUAACCUGAAGUCCUGAGCUCUUCAGCCUAUACUGAAGCUUCCCAGCAAAGGUUUUAGAUGACUGUUGGUGAAGUUGCAAAAGAAUGUAACAGUAGAUGUAUUAGGGUGGUUUUGCUGACCUAGAGAAAAUGUAAGGUCUAGCUUGCAAGAAUGCAGAUUGCAGAGUAUGUCUGACCAACAGUGAAUGUGUGUACGGAGUAUGUUUUGUUUUAAGCCCUUGUAUGAGACUAAGAGUUUGGUAGCAGGCAGUCUGGUAAAA